AUGGAUUCUCACGAAUCCCUUGAAAAACGAUGUCAAUUACCAUAUGCUGUAGAAUAUGCAAAGUCUGGCCGAGCCGCCUGUAAAGCUUGCAGAGAACUAAUCUCCGAGGUGAACUUCAUUUUUUCUUUUAUGUUAGAUGUUUUUGGGAGCCUCUUCUAAUCUAAAAGCCCUGAUCAAAGUUUGGAGAAAUAUAGUUUUUAUCUUCUGAUCACUAUUUCGGUCAUCCAUUUCAAGCAUGUUUCUAAAUUUUUGAAAAAAAUUAGUUAUAUGAUUGACACUUUUUUUGAAAUUCCUCGAAUCCGCAAUAUUUUUUUAGAUUUAUUUUGUGAAUGAAUUGAAUAUCUCAUUAUAUAUAUUAAUCAAGGAAUGAAGUAGUUUUUUUAUAAGAGGGAUAGACUCAGAAUCAAUAAAACAUAUUCUUAAAUAAGGAAAUUUAGGCGCUAUUUUUUUGAAUUUGAUCAUAUUUUUUUCAGUUUCCGGGAAACUCUCAAAAAAACUACAUUUUUUUAUUUUUUUUGUAAUUUCAUAAAUCUUUUUUUAUAUUCCUUAGUAAACAUUUUUGAAAAAAAAGCAAAAUAAAAAAAUAAUGAUCAAAAAAGCUUCUGUGAAAAUCAGUUUUGACUUGUUUGAGUAGUUUUUCUAAUUGAAUUCAUAAAAUGAAUCGAAAUUAUUCAUAAAAUUAGGGCUCGAUGCGAAUUUCGGCGCUGGAGCCGAGCCGUUUCUUCGACGGCCUUCAGGAUAACUGGCACCAUAGCAGUUGCUUUUGGAAAAAAAGCUCAGAGCGGGCAAAGAUCGGAUCAACGAGAGUUCGAUCAAGGGAAUGGACCUUCUGCGAUGGGAAGAUCAGGUUUUUUCAGCACAAAAUCAACAGUUUUGUUUUUGGCUAGAUGUUAUUAAUAAUGAUCGAAAGUGAAAAAAAAAACUUCAAAGGGAGAAUUACGAAAGUAGAAAGAAAAAAGGAAGAUUUGAAGAAGAAAGAGUUCUUAGGACUUUGGGUAAUGAAUUAGAAAACGAAGAGCUUUCAAAAAAUAUUUACACUUUUUUUUCGAGAAAAGACGAAAAAAGUCAGAACAAACUAUCAAAAUGUAGUGGAAAGUGCGGUUUCAGAGCUUUAGGACCUCCUUUUUUUUGAAUGAAAGAACUUUUCCCCCUUUGGUAACGCAAACCGGACGCGCCCCGGACGUUUCCCAGCGUUUCAAGAGAUCCUUUUACCGAACUCUUAAUUGAUAACUUGAAAUUUUCUAAAACGUCCUUGCGAAGUCUGAUUUGUUCAUGCUGAAAUUUAAAAAUCUGUGUCCGGUACAUCAAAGAGUUGGCGAACGUAGUAUCAGAAGUUUUUCAACCCCAAAUUAAAACAAAAUUUUCACAGCUAAAACAGGUCAAAAAUCGAAAAAAAAAAGGCUCAAAAAAAUUCCAGGAAAUAGUCCGCGGCAAACUCGAGGCUUUCAACAGUUCCAAGAGCAAGCCUGAAAUAUCAAGAACGUCCCCAGUUCCAAAUAAUUUUACCCAACUCGAAGCUGAUUACUCUGCCACCAAUAGGUUUUCCUCUCAUUUUUGAACCAUUCCAAGUCUUUUUUCAGAGGAAAAUGCGAUAUUUGCAAAGAUUUCUUCCACAAAGACGAACUUAAGGUUCAAUUAUUUUGUUUUUCGAAAAUAUAAGCGCAAAUUUUUCAGUUGAAAAGGAAAUCAAAGUGGAAUCAUGCCGUGUGCGUUUUCACAAACGGGUGUACUUAUGAGGUUUUUUUGAAGGCUUUGGAGAGUUUUUUGAUGUUUUCAUGUUAAGGGUGAGGUAUCAAAUAUUGUCGGAUUCGAUGCUCUGAAGGAAGCCGAGAAGGAUUUAUUGCUACUUCUUGAACAGCAGCAGAAAGUUCCGCAGCCGGUAGGAUUCGAGGAGUUUUUGGGAGAAUUCUGAAGUCAAAACCACUUUAUUUAUGAAAAAAGUAGGCCUCUCUAAUUUUUUUUCAAGUUUUUAGGGAUCACAGUAAAAUCUUGAAACGACUUUUUAUUUUUUGUUAGUAUUGAAACGGUCGGGUUCUUAAUCCUUUUUUGGCGCCAUACAGUUAUAGGGACGAGAAAGUGAACAAUUAAAACUAAAAGAAAAGAAUCGAUAAAAGGCAAAAUAAAACAACGCGGAAAAUAGUAACCGGGACGCCGCUCUGCCUGUGAGUCAUCGCGUUAGAACCUUGUAAGAACGGUACUUCGAAUGAGAGGAUCGAACGAUUUGAGAAGGCUAGAGAGGCGGAGGAGUGGUUGCAUGUUAAAAAUAAGCGUAGGUUUUUUUCAAAAAAAGUGUUUUCAAUUAUGAUAAAACAUGAAAAGUUAGUUUUUUUCUCCUGUAACAAAUAAAAAGAUUCGUCUUUUCGUCUAACUACGGUAAUGUACACAUGAAAUUCAUUCAUUCUCUUGCUUUUUUUUCAUAAAAGAAAAAAAGCUCAACGUUCUCUACAAAAAAAUAGAUUUCAGAGCAACACAAAGAUGCUCAAAACAGUCUUUUUUUCGAAUGAAAAAACCUCAAAAAAAAUCGUUUAUUUUUUUGAAAAAAAUUAUGACUUCCAAUUCACAAGUCGAUAGUUAUCCAUGAAAAAUCCAGUUAAUAAAAAAAUUCUCAAUUCGAAUACUAUAAAAAGAAAAAAACGAAAAUGAAAAAAAUGAAAGGAACAUUUUGAAAAAAAGAUGAAGAUGCUUGCCGCUUAAUAUUCACGUCCAUGUUAAAUUUAUGACUGAAACAUUUGUUUAACCUAAAAAAAUUAUGAAAAAAAUUUCGUCUCUCAUCUCUCAAUAAAAAGCGUCGGAAAGAAUUUUUGAAGGUCGCGAAGCCCGAAUCGAAGGACGAAGCCGAAUCCAUGAACUCGGCCGGAAAUGGAAAUCCGACGGCUGCUGACGUCAGUGGCGACUGCGUCGUCGUCGACGAGUACACCUAGACUUCUUAGUAGAUGGCUAUUUUUCUUCUUCAGUGGCCUUAGCACAGCUGGAACCUCGGCGAAAAUGGAAAAGAAAGCAAGCCACGUGAAGUUGGAACAGCCUGAAGCGAAACGGCCGCGGAAUGAGAACGAUCCGGCGGACGAGGAAAAGAACAGGAGGAAGGAAAAGCUCAAGGUUUGAGUGGCUCUUAUAAGAAAGGUCAUUGCACUUUUUGAUCGGGAUUUGUCCAAAAACUUCGCCAAAACUAUUGAUGUACUUUAAAAAGGUUCUAAAAGUAUCAGUUUUUAAAGCUCCUAACUUUCGAGUGAGGUCACAUCAAAGUCAAAGAAACCUAUCGGAAUUCGAAAAAAUGGAAAAUGGUUCAUAUGCAAAAAAAUCGAAAGGGAUGCUUCUCAUUAUUUUUUCUUUCUUCAAAAAUCAGUAAACGCAUCUUUUUAUUCAUUUGAAUAGAGUUCAAAAAUUUAACUAGGUUUUUUUGAAAAAAACUAUCAAAAAAAUGACAAAAAAAUUGCGUUUGAGUUCGAGUUUCCACAUAUCGCCUUUCGUUUCAAAAAAAGUUGAAAUGAUUUUAUUUUUUUAAAGUUGUUUCAUAGUUUUUCUCAAUUAACUUUUUAUAAAAUUCAAUCAAAUUCCUCGUUUUUCAUGCCAAGUCCGAUUUCUAGGGCCAGUCAGACGUGAUGUGGGAGCUCCGGAAAGCACUCGAAAAUGUUUCAAAAAACGAUCUGAUCGACAUGCUCAAAUCGAACAAUAUCGAAGUUCCCAAGGAAAGUACAAAGGUUUUAGAAGGAUAUUCUGAGAAGAAAGAAAUUUGUAUUGAAGAUAGUCGAACGAGUUGUGGACUUUGGAACUUUUGGCAAGCCGGCGCCGUGUCCAAAGUGUCUUGGACAGCUCGUUUAUAGGUAAAGUUGGAAAAAAAAAGUUGUAUUUCUUAUUGGUCAAGUAGGGUUCGAAAAGAAAUUCAUAGACUUUUUUUAGAGACUGGAAGAGUAAUCCUCUGAAAAAAUAAGACUUUAUUUUAACCAACUUUCUAAAAGUUGUCCAUUCUAAGAGCUCAUUUUUUAGCUGAGCUCUUCCCUCUGUUUACUCUUCGUUCACUUUUCCGUUAAAGACAUUCCAACAAAGAAUUCAUCUCAAACUUUGGGUAAUCAAACCAUAUAAAUAAAAAUAGAACGGAACAAAUAUACAAUAUAAUAAUAUAGAACAAAUAUAAAAUGCGACAAUAAAUAUAAACUGCGGAAAAAAGAAAAAUGAAACGUGGCGACGGGGAUGAGACUGAAAACUGAGGGCGGCUGGACGCUGGGGACGCCGCUGCACAGUUCUCAGUCACGCCUUUAGAGUGGUACGGGUUGCGGGGGCUGCCCAGAGGAGGGAACCCAAAAGAUUCGAAACAGGCCAGAGACGUCGAGGAAAGGCCCUUUUCCUCUUCAGGGAGCGAACCAGUCUCGUUAACAACGGAAGGUCUCUUUUGACUCCUGAAAAAGGACCAGCAUCCUCUUGUUUGGCGUCUCUGGCCUAUUUAUGUGAUUAGUUCUGACUCACAGAAAUUUUUUUGGAAUUUCAUUACUUCUGAAUUCAAAAGGAAAUUUAGUUUCUGUGAUACGGAAAGAAAAUCCUUUGAUUCAACUUCGAGAUAAUCUGUGAAGUCUUUUCGGAACCUUAAAAAAACAGAACGUCUUUGCCGCAGAGAACACCGUCUAACAGUCUUUUUUCCACUGUAUCUUUAAAAUGUGCUUUUUCCUCCUAACUAUAUCAUUUCGAUGUCGUAAAUUGAAUGAUCCAUAAUUUUCAGUUGUUCCCACAAAACCUACGUGUGUCUUGGCUACGUAUCCGAGUUUACCAAAUGCACACAUAUUGAUAAGAAUCCGACGCGAUCUCCUUUCGCGAUUCCCCGAAAUAUCGUCAUAAAGUACGAAUUUCUUCGAACCGCUCCCUUCAAUAAGGUUGAGUUUUUCCACGUUUUUAUCUCGAAAAAUCGAAAUUUCAGUACCUGAGCGAGCGAAUCUACUCCCUGGAAGAUCAGGCAGUGAUUGUGUUCGUUUUCCCUACCGAAAUUCAUUUUCCAAUUCCCAAACCUUCCAGAAAAGGAGCCCAGUCGGCGUUCAAAAAGUACGGCUUCCAGCAAGAAGGAAGAUCCGCCUUUGAAAUCUUCGAAGGCGACUAUAAAACUGUCCAACUUGGUCUGAAUAAUUAGGAUGAAUAGUUGUAAUGAGAGGAUUUUUAGGGAUGGCGACGCAGGUCGUCAAAAAAGGAACCGUCGUCGAUUCGGAAUUCUCCGAUCCGACGUCCUACCACGUGUUUCGGGAUGAAACGGGUGAGAUUGAAGGGUGUUUUUUUUUUUUCAUAUUCUCAAAUUAGGAAUUCGUUUAGUUUGAGACCGGACCGACAAAUCAAAGAGAGUUCUGACCAAAUGAUAUUUUUUUUAGUUUCGGGAAACUCUUUGAAAAAAGUAUAGUCACAGGCAAAGUCCAAACGACCUCAAAAAGGUCUUAAAAAGAAGAUCCUGAAGCUCCUUUUUGAGUUCCAAAAAGGUGUCAAAAGUUUCUCGGAAUCUCCUUUUUCCCGCCUCCUUCUUUUUUUAUCUCCUCAAAAGGCCUUUUCGGAAAAAAAGAUCCAGAAAAAAGGCACCUUUGAGACAUUUUUUCCGAAAGUCCUUUUUGAGACCUUUUGGACUUUGCCCGUGAUUAUUAGUUCAAAAAAGUGUUUGGAACUAAAUUUUUGACAGUAAGAAUGAAAGGUCUGAAGAAGAGUUUUGAUCGAAUUUAUUCUUCUAGGUAUUUACUCAGCCGCGAUGAGCAUGACUGACGCCGCAGACAACCGAAAUUCCUACUACAAGCUGCAACUUCUGAAGCACGACUCAUAUGAUUAUAAGUCGGAGACAUGAGUUUUUCCAUCUCGACGAAAUCCUUCCAGAUACGUCCUCUUCCGGUCUUGGGGUCGCGUCGGAACGGCCGUCGGCGGCACCUGCGAGGACCAAUUUAGCAACGAGGCCAGUGCCAUCCAAAAGUUCCAUUUGUGAGAACUCCUAGUCGAUUUAAAGUCUAUAUGUUCUUAUUCAGUCAUUUCCACGAGAAAACGGGCAAUCAAUGGCAGAAUCGGAAAUAUUUCCGCAAGUUCGCCGGAAAGAUGAACUUUGUCGAGAACGACUACAAGGAGUUUGUGGGUUUUUUCUAGAAGAUGUGCAAAUUUUGGAAUCAGUCGAAAGUUGAAAAAAUUAAGUUUGGUUCAAUAUUGACAAGUAAGUACGAUCAUGAUAUACCUGAAAUUUUUCAUUUAGGUCUGAACUAUUUUUUUAAUUACCAAUGAAGAUUAUGUAUGUCUCAACCUUUAUGAUUUUUAAAAAACAGACGUCUAAAAGUAACAAAAACCAAAAAAAAUUCUAGAAUCAUAGCUUCCAGAACCUUUUUCUAUAACUUCAACAAGAACUCUGAUAGUUUUCAGAAACUUCCAGGGCGUUUAGACCUUCUUUAGAGGAAAAAAGGGUUCUUAUUACAUUUCUAUCAGCCUCAAUACUAGAAUAUCUCUGGAAAUCAUCAAAAAAUGAAUACAGGAAGAAGAUGUUGAAGUUGUCGCGCCGGGCUCGAAAACGACGCUUCCAUCAGGCGUCAAGACCGUUUUAAUGGCCAUUUUCGACGUCCGGAACAUGAAGGCCGCUAUGCAGAGCUUUGAGGUUGCAAUUUUGAAUUCUUCUCAUUUUGAGCUCAAUUUCAAAAAAAAGUUCUUGAAAAAUUGAGAAGAUCAAUUCAGACUAUAAAUUGAAAGAAAAAAAAGAUUUGAAGAAAUGAUAGAAAAUUAUCAAUAAAAGCCGUAAAUUUUGCAGCUGGACCUGGAGAAGAUGCCCCUCGGAAAGCUCUCCAAAGAGCAGAUCAUGAAGGCGUUCAAUGUCCUCUCCGAGCUCCAAAACGCCCUUCUGGCCGAAAAGCCGAGCCGCGAGAAAAUCAUCGACAUCACCAACAAGUUCUACACCUACAUUCCUCACAAUUUCGGCAUGCGCGAGCCGAUUUUGCUAGAUAAUGUCGGGAUUCUCAAGGUUCGGAUGCAGGAACUGAUAUUUUGGCCUUUCUGUCGAUGAAUCUGUGAACAGACUUACUGGGAAAUUGUUUAAUGGUCACUUUGGGGUUUUGACAUUUUAGUGGCCUCUAGUCAAAUAAGUGGCCAGUUAAGUAACUAAAUUUUAAUGGUUUUUUCGGAGUUUAGGUGGUGCUUUUAGAGGACUAAAAUCUACUCUAAUGACCACUAAAAGACGCAAAAUGGUUUCUAUAGAGGUGGUUUUAGUCGCCAAUUUAGUGCCUUCUCCAAGGAGUUUUUGAGGAACGCCUUAAGUGAUUGAAAAAAAAAAUUUGAUAAAAAUGGCCCUUGAUUCAUAAGCGCAUCUUCGUUAGAUUUCUAGACUCUUUGAGGUGAAAAUUGAGGGAUCAAUCAUCUUGGUCUAUCUUUAAACGAAUGAGACUGUUCAGCAAAAAACAGAAAUGUUGGAUGCCCUGCUGGAGAUUCAAUACGCCUACGAGACGGUUAAAAACGACAAAAAGAAGAUUCCGGCGACUUUGGACCCAGUUGAUGCUCAUUACAAAGAGCUCAGGUGUGACAUGGAGGUUCUCAGUUGAAGUGAACCUUUCUGGAUGAUAAAGGAAUUUUCAGCCUCUGCCCCAUGACACGGCCGAGUUUGCGGUUCUGAAGAAAUACCUGAAGAACAGCGUCGGGUCGACUCACGUCGUCAAGUACGAGCUCCUCGAUGUUAGUCAUGAUUUAUUGGAGUUUCGACUGGAAAAAUUUGUUGAUUUUGCUCAAAUUCUAGAAGAAAAAUACGUAAGUUUUAAUUUGAAAAAGAAGAAAAAAAUCGACAUUUUUUUGUCCAUUCCAGAAUUUUGAAUAUAUCAAAAAAACUUUAUUAUGUUCCUUAUUAUUAUGAAAAAUGCUCCAAAAAUUAAAAUGUUAACUGUUUAGGAAGAAUUGUUGCGCGUCUAUUACACACGAAUCCAUUGGAAAAAUAUUUUUCCGAAAUCAAAAAUUCCAUAUUUUAAUGGUUACCCUUCAACAAAAAAUGAACAUUUCCCGUUGAAAUCUCAGAAAAAUGUUCGCAAUUUUUUUUUCGACCUCAAUUUCUAAGGAAAGUAUUCUAAUUCUUCCAAAAUCGAUGCUUGAACAAUUAUCCCGUUUUUCCUUCAGAUUUUGAAGCUGAAGCGACAUGGAGAAGAGGAAAAGUUCCAGUGGCAACUGGGCAACCGAAUGUUACUCUGGCACGGAUCCCUCAAGAUGAAUUACGUCGGAAUCCUCAGCCAGGGACUCAGGAUCGCGCCGCCAGAAGCUCCCGUUGUAUGGUUUUUGGGCUAAAGAGAAGAAUUUAAUUUUUGAUAAGGGAAAUAGAGAAAACAAAAAAGAAGAGUAUGACUUAAGGUGAUACGGAAGGAAUAACGGAAACAUUUGAAAAUUCCGAUAUUUUAAUAUUUAGAUAGUAAGUUCUAUCGCGAUUAAAUGUAAUCUGAAACGGAUUUGGAUAGAAAUUAUUCGAUUAAAUCACAGGAUUAUCGAAAAUUUGCAUCCAGAAAGAAAGAAAAAAUCGAUUUCAGACCGGCUACAUGUUCGGAAAGGGCGUCUACUUCGCCGACAUGUUCACGAAAAGCUCGUUUUACUGCAGAGUGAGAUCUUCUGUUUUUGAAAGACAAAUGAAAUUGGCAGACGAAUCCUGGCGAGGAGGGCUACAUGCUCCUGUGCGAGGUCGCUCUGGGAACCUGCAAGGAAGAACUCCAUUCCGUCGGCCACAGCGCCAACUCCAUCAAGGGAUUCGGCUCCGUUAAAGGUAUUUUGAGAGUAAUCGAGAACAAAAGACAAAUGAAAAAUGAAAAAAAAUCAUCCAGUGAAUGAGAGGAAAACCAUCUAGGGAAAUUCCAGGACACCUAUGCAAAUUUUUUUCUCAAAGGUUGAGGAUGAAUCUAUGAGAUUUUUUUAUUUUAUUAAUCAAGUUUUUCUGUUGAAACUAAAAAUUUUUUUAUACCAUAUACCAAAUUUGAUCAAGUUUCGUUGCAAGGCCUUUUUCUUGCUGUUUUUUUUUUUUGCAGUUGUGUGAUGAAAAAGUGCGAAAAAAAGCAGUGGAUACGGUAGCUUUUUUACUUCUGUGAUUUUUCUUCAUUGCACUAUUGGUAAGAAACUUGUAUCUUUACCCCAAAUAUGGUCCAAUGUGAACUGAAAAUCAAAUCUAAAAAAGCUACCAAACGAAAAAAAAGCUGAAAUGAAACCGUCAGCAUCGAAAAUAAGGCUUAAAAAAAGGCAUGAAAUGCAGUAAAUUUUGAAAAAUUUUCCUGUAUUUUUUUAAUAUCUGAGUUCCCAAGUCAAAACUCAUGUAGUUUUUUUUUCAAAAAUAGCGAGAACAAAGCAUGUGUGAAACGCCUUUUUGUGUUCAGAUUUUUAGAGAACUUGUAUUGUAACAGAGAAUUCAGGAGUUGGACGCGAAAGUCCCAACCGGCUGGACGAUCACGCGCACCCCGACGGCUACGUGAUUCCUCUCGGAAAGGCCAAAAUCGACACUGCCCUGAACUCUGCCCUUCUGUACAAUGAGUGGGUUUUCAUUCCAACUUUUUUUUACGAACGAGAGAAUUUUUUUCGAUUUUUUUACCUUUCUUGUCUAUUUUUAAGAGAAGGUUAUUGAAAUAUCAAAAAAAAAAGAAUUGAUCAACUCGGAGCAUUGGCUUUCCGACUGUCCAGGAAAGAUUGAAAGAAAUUUAUUUUCAAGAAAAAAUUCGCAAGUUUACGCGCCAGUGCUCUCACUAGUCAGAAAGUUUCAGUUUUCUAUCUUUUUUGUUCCCUACAAAGUAAGUUUUUCACAUUUUUUCAGAUAUAUCGUCUACAACACGAACCAGAUCAAAAUGCGUUACCUGGUCCGUCUUCGAUUCAACGAAUCGCGUCACAAAUGA